UUCCAGAAUAUUACUAGCUCAAGUUUGAAAUGAAUACUGCAGCUAUCCGUUUACCGACGAUUUCCAGGAUAUUUUCUAAUUUUCGAACCAGCAUCCUUUCCAGAAGCAAAGGUAUUGCCUCGGCUGCUGCUGGAAGAAAUUUUGCUUUUCAGUUCGUGCCAUGUUUGUUUGUCAAGAUCGAACUUUGUUUCUUCAGCACAACAUCAGAGUUUGAUGUCGUUGUGGUAGGCGGUGGAAUUGUUGGUUGCGCUACCGCACGACAGUUAAAAAUUAAAAACCCCGAACUGAAAGUAGCAUUACUAGAAAAGGAGGAUCGUCUAGCAUUCCACCAAAGUGGUCACAACAGCGGUGUCCUUCAUGCUGGAAUUUAUUAUGCACCGGGUAGCUUGAAAGCAAAACUGUGUGUUCGCGGUAUUGAUUUGGCAUAUGAAUACUGCGAUGAACAUAAAGUGCCUUACAAAAGAAUUGGAAAAUUAAUUGUUGCGGUGGAGCCGAUCGAAGUACCACGUCUGGAAAAUUUAUUUGAACGAGCUCAGAAAAAUGGAUGUAAAUCAAUAAAAAUGAUUGAUGGUAGCGAAAUCAAGAACUACGCUCCCUUUUGCAGGGGUCUGAAAGCGCUCUGGUCUCCGUAUACAGGUAUUAUUGAUUGGGGACUAGUUGCGAAGUCCUACGCACAAGAUUUCGAAAAUCGUGGUGGUGUUGUUUAUGCAAAAUACCCAUUGAAAACGUUAUUGCUUGUCGGGGAAUCGAAAAACGAGAACGUUGCGAAUGAUUAUCCUGUCAUUAUCGAAUCGGAAUCAUCUUUGUCGGAAAUCCGCUGUAAAUAUGUGAUAACUUGCUGUGGACUUCAGUCAGAUCGUAUUGCGAAACUUUCGGGUGGUUUACCAGACCCGAAAAUUAUUCCUUUCCGUGGCGAAUACCUUUUGUUAACUUCGGAAGAGAAAAAGAAACUUGUAACAACAAACGUUUAUCCUGUGCCUGAUCCACGUCUCCCGUUUCUUGGUGUCCAUUUCACACCGCGUUUGAAUGGAGAUGUUUGGUUGGGACCGAAUGCAGUUCUAGCCUACAAAAGAGAGGGAUACAAAUAUUCUCAAAUUUCACUGCCUGAUUUGUAUGAUACUUUAACUUACAGAGGUACGAGAAAACUCAUCCUCAAAUUUUUUCGUUACGGAAUGAAAGAAUUAUAUCGCGGAAUUUGGAUAAGAGCACAAGUAAAACAGUUACAGAGAUUCAUGCCUAAUUUGAGAAUAUCGGACGUCAUGCGUGGUCCGGCAGGAGUUCGAGCUCAGGCCGUUGAUUCAAAUGGUAAUUUGGUUGAUGACUUUAUUUUCGAUUGUGGUGAAGGAGAAUUGAGCAAGUGCGUAUUGCACGUGCGGAAUGCGCCUAGUCCAGGUGCUACAAGUAGUUUAGCUAUUGCGGAAAUGGUUUGUGAAAAAGCAUCCAUUUUGUUUGGUCUCAAUCAUUAAGCUUAAUAAUACAACUGUCAACUGUACUUCUAGAUUUGUGUUCGAAAUAAGCCUUUUUCACCAAAUUCUUGAGUUGAUUUGUCCUGCUACUGUACAAACAUUAUUCAGUCAUUAUGCUAGAUCCACACAGAAUUAUUUUUACCUAUCGGGGAUUUGUUUGUAAUUUCCGAAAAUUUGCUGAG